AUUCUGGUCCUAUUUCAGGCCACCUGAUGAACAUAGGUGCAGGGAACAGUGAAGGAUUUACUGCUGGUGCUAUUGCCUUUUUGGUGCUCAACGCUUUUUUAAUGAUUUUAGCUUCCUCUUUUAAUGUGGUGCUUCUCUGCAUGACCCUGGUAGUGGAGCUCCUGACCAUUUGUUUUCUGCUCUUCACAUUGGAGAUCCUCCCUUUGCCAUUUGAAAUUGUAAUGUUAUGCAUCUUCAGCAUCAUCUGCUUUUACGGAGCAACAGCAUCACUUGCAAACAGCAUGUUUGGGAAGGACCUCAUGAUGAUGGGACCCUCUCUGUUCACAGCUGAGAGCUCUAAGAAGAACACUGAAGAUCCCCCACCCUGCAUCUGCCCCAAGUCCCACUGUACCAGUGGCCUGAGAACCAUUGCUGACUUGCUGAACACAGGAGCAGUGUGUGGGGUCCCAACAGACACCGUGUAUGCUUUGGCAGCCUCCUGCAGACACCCUCAAGCCAUUGAGAAAGUCUACAGAAUCAAGGACAGGCCUCAAGAGAAGCCCAUCUGCAUCUUCAUUUCAAACCUGGAUCAGCUGCGAGCAGCUGCUCCUCCCAUCAGCCCACUGCUGUGGGAAUUCAUGGAAAAUGUUUACCCAGGUGGUGUUGGCUGCAUUAUCAAGAAAGGAGAAUGGCUGAAGAAGUUAGGAGUUGGAGAAGGCUACAGCAGAGUGGGAACUCAAGACAGUAUAAUGAUCAGAGUGCCUGACCUGACUGUCCUUGUGCACCUCAUUGACAUGACGGGGCCUUUGGCAAUCACAUCUGCUAAUCCUAGUGGAGAAGUUGACAGCACACAUCACGACAUGGUCAUCUCACGUCUCGGCCAUAAGCUGGAGGGUGUUCUCUGUGAUGGAGAAUCUGAUGAAGUGGUAGCAUCAACUGUGGUCAACUGUACAAGGAUUGAUGAAAGUGGCAUCACCAUCUUGAGAGAAGGCUGCAUACCAGCAGGCAAGGUGAUGCAGAUAUUUGAAAGAGUAAAGAACAGAGUAGUCUGACACCGAAGAAAACCUCCUCUGAGCAAAGGAACAGCAUCUACUCUCACAAAAAGACAUGAUGAAUCCCAAACCUCGCUGGAGCAGUUGGCCUUGUGAAAGCCAUACCUUCUCUAAUCAAGCACUUACCUCCUUGGGAAGCAGCAGCACUUUCCCAUCCAGUGUCUCUCCUGGGAGCGUUCUGUGGCUAUUAAUUGUUUAUCUCCAGUAAGUGCCUGAAACCGCUAGGAAAUCUGCCCACAGAGUGCCAGCAGGAUCAGGAGCUGAUGCUGCACUGCAGGAAUUCCCAGAGCGCCAGUGUUUCCUGAGUGCCUUGGACUGCGGACUUCAUGCUUGCUUGUAUACUCCCUUCUACAACACUCAGAUCUGUGUAUUUUAAACAGCUGAAUUCAACUAAAUAAAUCUUCUUUUUGGAAUAUAAGAAAAAGUCUUUAGCUUUC